UAUAUAUCAGUCGAAGCAGGCGCGGCGCCACAUCAUCGAGGACUGUCGCUGCUCGAGGAGGAAAGGAGCCGUCAAAGAUGAGCAUACAAGAGCUCACAGACGAUACCGAGGCCCUCAAGAUCAACGAGGAGCGAGAACGACAGCUCAAGGCACAAGCGGCGUCGGACUCUGACUCGUCAGACGAUGAGCAGCUGCCUACGACCACCGGCAAAUCUGGCAUCGUCAAAGUGCCCACCAGAGGAGAGGCAAAGGCAAAGAAGGCCCUCCUCAAGCUCGGCCUCAAACCUAUCCCUGGCAUCUCUCGCGUGACGCUCAAAAAAGCCAGAGGGGCUAAACCCGAAGAUGUGAACGCCAUGCAAAAUUCGAUGCAGGCACUGCAGCAACCGUCAGAGGGCAUGCCAAGCGACGCAGCCACACGCGCACAGAUGGCCGCUCUGGGUAAUCUGGGCAGAGCCCAACAGGCCUCGGGAGGAGGUGCUCGCUCAGCGACGGCAGACGCUCCUGCGGAAGAAGAAGGAGAGGUAGACGAGACGGGCGUGGAGGCGAAGGACGUCGAGCUCGUCAUGCAACAGGUCGGCUGCUCGCGCGCAAAAGCAGUUCGCGCUCUCAAGGAGAACAAUAACGAUCUCGUCACAGAUCAAUGCCAUCAUGGCUGCGAGUUGAUCGCUCCUAGCAUGACUCGCCCAAACGUCUUUUCGCAAAUUCUCAGGGGACUUGUACGCCAACGUACGCUCGAACGAGUCAAGACAGCUCAAUGCUGUCCAGUCGAUGAAAAUGCAAGAUGGUGCAUGCAUGCAAUUGCAAAACAAACACAUGAGACAAAGACGGAGGCAGAGUGUCAGUCUUGAUCUGAGCGAGUAUAAGCUUUUCCUGAUCUAUCUCACUGAGGAGACUCGAGGAGGAUCAUCGCUUGACUCUAGUAAAAAUCUUGUGCUCAUGUCAUCUUGUAGAUCCGUCUGAGCAAGAGCGGUGUGGGGCCACUGAUGAGAGCUAGAAUCAUGAACAGGCAGAGGAGCUGGAUGAUCAGACAAUAGCAUGGCAAGGCUGCCUUGACGGUCACGACCAGUGCUAGCCGAGCAAUGCCUUGUCAUAUCAGACUCCUUUGCCCGCUCACUGACUGUCAGUCCGAGUAGCAGCGAGCAACCCGCCAGGCAGAAUUUCGAAGAAUCCGCAA